CUAGGGGUAUUUAUAUCAUAUUGAUAAGACUAAGUUUACUAUCUUGGCAUUUCGAAUCCUCCUUCUCUUUGGUCGCUCUAGAACAAAUCACUCAAGCACGCUACCCAUCAAGGUGCUGGCUGUGACAUCCCUCUUCAACAUAAGAACCCCUCCAAAUCCUCUUCCCCCCCACAAACCCUCAACACCUCUCAGACUCUCACCGUCCCGCCAGCCAAGAUGAUGGAGGCAGCAGCAAGUGCAGCGAACGCCGUUCGCAGUCUCUUCCAAGACACUACCCCUCUGAAAGCAAAAUGGCAAAGAAUCGACUUCCCACCACUGCCCCGCUCCUCGCACUCCCUCUCUGUCGUCGCCGGACGAGCCUACAUCUUCGGUGGGGAGAUCAACCCACGCGAGCCCAUUGACAACGACAUGCAUAUCGUCGCUCUUCCAUCGAGUCGUGACGUCUCAGCCUCCGAUUACCAUUCCGUCCCCGCCAAACCAGAAGUCGCUGGUGGUGAAGUGCCCCAGAAGAGAGUCGGACAUACCGCGGCAGUUAUCGGGGAGCGGAUAUUCGUCUUUGGCGGUAGGGGAGGGAAGGACAUGAAGCCAUUGGAAGAGAACGGACGAGUGUGGAUCUACAAUACGCGGACUGAUACCUGGACCUUUCUCGACCCGAUGCCAGGAACUCCAUAUCCCGUUGCGCGAUCCUACCACACGAGUGUCGCACUGGAGAAGCCCGAGCCGUCAAAUGCAAAGGAGGCAAGCGGGGUUGUAGAGGGGGCACAGGCAGACGGGGAGGCGAACGGGCAUGGCACCUUGUUUAUACAUGCGGGGUGCCCGGCGGCGGGGAGGACGAAUGAUCUUUGGGGUUUUGACGUCAGGAGUCGGACAUGGAAGGAAUAUCCCUCUGCGCCUGGAAAACCGAGAGGGGGUACCUCAAUCGCGGUCUCGAAGCACAGGCUCUAUAGAUAUGGGGGAUUCAAUGGGCAGGGAGAAGAGGGUGGCGAAAUGACGCUUACGGCAAAAGGGGAGUGGCAUAGUCUUGACUUCACGGAGGAGAAUAUGGUGUGCCCAGGGAAUAGGAGUGUGGCUGGCUUGCAAUCUAUCAGCACGGGAGCGGGGAGGGAGUACCUGGUCCUAAUGCUGGGCGAGCGGGAUCCAAGUAGCCAAGGUCAUAACGGAGCAGGCAAGUUCUGGGGCGACGUUUGGGCAUUCCAAUGUCCACCACAGGGCAUGACGGCUGCCUCGUUCAUAGAUGCGGCGUGGCAGGCUAUGGGGAAAGAGACGGGCGAGGGUCUAUGGAGUCGGCUAGAGGUUGCCAAUGCUGAGGGAGCCGAGGGUCAGGAUGUGAAAAAGCUUGGUCCUGGGGAGAGAGGAUGGUUCGCAAGUUCGGGUAUGGGAGACCUGGAUGUCAGUGGCAUCGUUCUCUCGGGAGGCCUGAAUGGAAACAAUGAAAGACAAGAUGAUAUGUGGGUCUUAAGAAUUGAAUGAGCAAUGAGCCAGAUCUGGAAGAAUAGGAGGAACGACAAUGUGCUUUUUCGAUAAGCUUCAAAAUAUAAGCAUGCACGAGAAAGUGGAGUUUAUGUUG